AUUACCCACCAUGUCAAACCCACGGCUGGACCUCUCCUCCAAGGACGAACUCAUUAGCAACCUUUUGAGCGGCAACAAAGCCUCUACCUCCUCUACGUCUGAUGAGGAUAAAAAGUCGACAGGCGAGCGUAAAACAUUCAGGGUUCAAUCUGACUUAUUGGCACGUCUUGAGGAUUUUCUCCCAAAGAUCAAGGAGGCCAAUGCUCAGCUGGAACAGCAGAUCAAACAGGACCCUAAAGCUCUAGAUAUUGAGAAUGUGGAUGAGGAGAGCGGUGAACAAUAUAUCGAAAUGGACUUGGGAUUGGGUGUGUUUGAUCUUAAGAAGGAUAUCAAAGAAGAAGAUAUCAUCAUCAACCCUAGCGACAUCAAAAAAGACUCUUCAACAUUAAGCACGUCGCCAACCAUCAACAAAAAGCCAGCUAUUGUCAUGAUGGAUAUGAACGACGAUGAUGAUAACAGCCGCUCUUCUAAGGAUAAUGACAAUGAGAGAACCACAGCACACAGAACCUCUAUGCGUGGUGGUGACAAUGAUUAUAACCAUGAUAACGAUGGGGAUGGGGAUGUUAUGAUGACAUCGUCUUAAUACUUCUUUUCGACCUUUAUCACUUGUUGCUCUUUCACAAUUUUUUUUACUACAUAUUAAUUAGAAUCGCAUAUUUUAUUGUAUAC